UUUACACGACUCAUGAUACAUCAGAGAGUGCUUUACGAUCGAAAAUUUUUUUUUCGCCUUCAGCAACUAUUUCGACCUAAUUACUUUGAUCACUACAUAUUAGUAUAGAGUAGAAAACAUUUAUUUCAACAGACAAAUAAAUUUUAGACGCAUCAAAAUGAAGUUGUAUUUAUUAAUAUUAUUGUUUUUUGUACUCAAUAAUUUAAAAGUCAGUAUCAGUAGCAACCAGACAAAUAUUUAUAAUCAUAACAACACCAAGGCCGUCAAUGGAACCGUGACUGAGCGUAAAAUAUUUCCGGUAUGGCCGAAUGGUACAAAAAUCAGUUUUCCCGCGACAGUUUAUAAAAGAUUAUUUAAAGGCGGGGAAGUUGAUUGUUUCGGACUCGGGUCAACGAUAGCCAUCGCACUCGACUGGGUAUUCCAACCUGGUAGUUCACAUACUCACGAGUUGGAUAUUCAAUUUACGUUAACGUCAAGAAAAAAACCUCAUCGAGUUCACGUUUUAACGGGAAAUCAAUUUGGGCUUGAGUGGACGGACUUUAAAAUUGAACGUAAGACAGUUAUCAUCGUCCAUGGAUUUUUAUCUGAUGGAGAGAUGUCCUGGAUACGAGAAAUGGACGAAGCGUAUCGUCUAUUGGAGGAUGUUAACGUGGUGACUGUAGAUUGGAGUGCCCAUGGUAACACCUGGAAUUAUUAUAAAGCUGCCGUACAUACAAGAUUUGUAGGUCGCGAGAUAGCCAAACUUUUAUCCCACAUCGUAAAUGCUACGGAGGCAGAGUCUCCAGGGUCUUCAAAAAGUAGCUGGGGUCCAAUACACAUGAUCGGACACAGCCUGGGCGCGCAUAUCUGCGGAGUAGCAGCCGAUGAAUUCAAAAAAAUAACAUCGGCAUGGAGAAUUACGCGUAUAACUGGACUGGAUCCAGCUCAGCCGUGUUUUACAAACAGCAGUCUCUCACUAGACGUCACCGAUGCUCCUUUCGUUGAUAUAAUUCACACAAACGGGCAACUGAUGUCUCGACUCGGUCUAGGUCUUCCUCAACCGAUCGGCCACGUAGACUUUUACCCCAACGGAGGUAAAGCUCAGCCCGGGUGUGUCAGAAACUAUGGAUCGUCACUUAAUUUUCUUAAUCUUCCAAAACACGUGAUAAACGAAGCAAUUUGUAGUCACGGCCGCUCAUAUGUUUAUUUCACCGAGUCAAUAAACGCAGCGUUGUUGAAAGAUGGAUCAUUUUGGGCCCACACGUGGGACGGAUCAUACAGGAGAGCUGUAAAGUCGCUGAAUGAAACCUGCGAUUCAAAUACCUGCAGCGAAAUGGGAAUAAAUGCACCCAAUUAUUCAACUCGCGGCUCAUUUUUCGUCGUCACUUCCAGCUCGAAGCCUUUCUACUAUAUCGAUGCCAGAGAUUUGUCCCAUUUAGCGGAACAACUGCAGAAUGAUUUCAGAGAUGAGUAUCUAGAUUAAAUGAAUUUAAUUCUGCUU